AUGGGCGGUCGCACGGUCAAACGCCCCGAGCGCUACGGUGGAUCGCCAGACAACUCACCGGAACGGCCUGCACGCAAACGCGCCAGGGGGCCCUUACAGCCGCUCCGGAAGCGGACGCGCUGCGGCACGUGCGCUGCGUGCAACGCCACAAACUGCAAGGCGUGCCGCUUCUGCCUGGACAUGCCAAAGUACGGAGGCACGGGCACGCUACGGCAGCCGUGCAUCCAGCGCCUCUGCGAGGCUAUGCUCGCGGAGAAGCUGCAGGCCAAGGAGGCCGCCGCGGCCGAGCGCGAGGCCGACCGCGAAAAGAGGCGUGCCGAGCGCGAGGCGGAGCGGGAGGCGCGAGACGAGGCCGACGAGUUGCUGGCGGACGGGUGCGAGGUCGAGGUGCAGAUGGAGGAGGAGGGGCUCGCGGGGGCGGUCUACAGCGGGACGCUGGUCCGGGACAAGGGCAAGCAGGAGGGCGGCGCGUGGGUAGUCUUCGACGAGCUGCUCGACGAGGAGGACGAGACGGCGCCGCUGCGCGAGUGGGUGCGGCUCGAGACGGUCCGGCGGCGCCCUCCGGCGACGCCGGCGGGAUUCGCGCGGCUGGUGAGCGCGGGCGACGUGGUCGAGCUGUACUACGAGGACGGCUGGUGGCAGGUCGAGGUCGAGGGCUUCGUUCGGCCGGGCGACGCACCGCCAAAGGCGGAGGGCGCCGCUUCGCAUGCCGGCGAGGAGGGCGGGGCGGAGGGCGGGGCGAAGGGAUGCGCCAAGGUUGAGGCGGAGUCUGCAUGGGAGGCCGAGGCUGCGGCGGUGGGCCCUGGCGUCGAGGAGGGCAGCACCGCGGCGAAUGGCGGCGAGGUUUCCAACGGCGGCGAGGGGGCUGAUGGCGGGGGGGCGCUGCCUCCGCCGGGAGGGGGGGCUGCGGACGGGUCGAUGGACGGGUUCGACGUGCGGCACGAGGUUGGCGAGGCGGUGCUGCGCCCGCUCUGGAUGUGGGACGCCGGCCGGUAUGAGCUCGAGGCUGGGCACGGGUAUGCGGGCGUGGGCGGCGAGGCGGUCUUCCGAUUCGCGCGCGGGAUCGCUCGCUCGCACGGCGGCAGCGACGCGAGGCGCUCGAGCUGCUCCCUGUACGACGCGAUCGACUUUCUCUGA